AUGGUCAAUGGUGUGUCUUUAUGGUUUUCGCCAAAAAACUUUUUAUUGUGUUAUAGUUUCGCCCUCACCUGUGGAUUGCUAAUAUUUUUUUUCCCUGCAGAGAUCUGUGUUGGCUCCAGUUCCUCGGGGACAAGAGUGGCUGUUAACCCACAAGUUCCAGAAGCAUUUCACUUGGCUGCCCGGUCAGUUCUUUAUUCUUAUGCCUGUUAUUCGAGAUUCAAAAUUCCACUCCAUCUGGACAAUAAUUCCACAUGUUCAAUCAAGAAAGGAACCCAUCUAGCCGAGCUUAUGCAAGAAGCAAAGUUGAUUGUGUGGGACGAGGCCCCGAUGGCGCACAGACAAGCUUUCGAGGCUCUGAAUAGAACACUCUGUGAUUUAAUGAAUGUACCUUUGGCUGGACCUGGGCAUAAAUUAUUUGGGGGGAAAACAGUGUUGCUUGGAGGUGAUUUUAGGCAGACCCUGCCAGUUAUUCCUGAUUCUGGGCGUGAGCAAACAAUUGAAUCCUCACUAACAAGAUCUGAAAUAUGGAGUUCUUUCACUUUGUUGAGGCUGAAAAGAAACAUGAGAUUGAGCAAUUCAUCAAUUAAUGAGUCAACAAUCAGCCAUGGAUUGACAUUCAGAGAAUGGGUGUUGGCACUUGGUGAUGGAAGACUUCCAACCAAACGUUUCAAGGAGGACACUCCAUCAGACUGGAUUAAGAUCCCAGAUAUGUUUUUGGUACAAUCAGGAGUAGACCCAGUUGCCUCUAUAGCAUCAAAAUUUUAUGAUUCAUUCUCUGAAAAUUACAAAAAUGCUGCGUAUAUCACAGGCAGGGCAAUUGUCACCCCCACAAAUGCAAAGGUCAGUGAAGUGAAUGAAUUUAUGUUGGAGCAGGUGCCUGGUCUGAUCCGCUCUUAUUAUAGCUCAGAUUCUAUGCAACGAGAUGCAGAAGUACCAGAGUCAUUCGAUGAAACCUACCCGAUUGAAUUCUUGAAUAAGCUCACAUUUAAUGGAGUACCAGACCAUGAGAUCAAGCUGAAAGUUGCCACACCAAUAAUGCUGCUGCGUAAUUUGAAUCCAUCAGAUGGUCUCUGUAAUGGGACAAGGAUCAUGAUAACAGAGUUGGGAGAGAAUAUAAUUAAAGGAAACAUCAUGGGUGGGGCUUUUGACGAGAAACCUGUGAUUGUACCAAGAAUUGUGUUGAAUGUAGAGGACAAGAGGUGGCCAUUCAUUCUCAAAAGAAGACAAUUUCCUGUAAGACUUUGUUAUGGAAUGACCAUAAACAAGAGCCAAGGUCAAACUCUUGAGAAAGUGGGAGUUUAUCUGCCGGAUCCAGUAUUUAGCCAUGGUCAGUUAUAUGUGGCCGUUUCAAGAGUUAAAUCAGCUGUUGGUCUGCAAUUUCUUAUCAUAAACACAGGUGGUAUUCCAAACAACUACACAAGAAACAUUGUGUUUGCAGAAGCUUUCGAAGAUAUCAAUACAGAUCGCAUGAUUGCAACACAAACAUAG